AUGGGAUCAUUUGUGGAGGACCUCUGGUCGAGCGUCUUUACCCCGGGUCCCACCCCGUCGCUGCUGAUCGCGACCAAUGUCACCUUCGCCGCCCUGCAAGUCCUCCUGCUCGUGCUCCUCCUAGCCACAUACAGCAUUCACUUCGUUGUGCUCUCCGUUCUUUCCGCGGCUCUAUGGUGGUCGAUCAACUGGUUUGCUCAGGAGUUGAGUCAGGUACAGGCACAGGAGGCGCCCAAGGAGACACACGAGGACAAGGAGCGGAGGGGUGGUAGCACGAAGCCACCGGGGGCCCUGGACAGCAGUGACAGUGAUACCGAGACUGAGGUCGUGAAGGAGAAGAGCAAGGCCACAGCUGCCACAGGCGUUGCUACGGGCGCUGCACCUACCACGGCCUCUGCGUCGGCUACUCUCCAACMCCCGGCUGAACUGCAGGCGCGAAAGCGACUCAGCGUCAGUGGUGAGAGCUCGGGAUACCAUAGCACGGAUAGUGAAUGGGAGAAGGUGGAUGAUAACAAUGGUCCUUAG